UGCCUGCUACGCAUAACACACCUUAAUACUUCAAGGUUGUAAUGUGGCUUCCGUAAAUUAUCCAAUUCCUGGGCCAUUGCUUUUUUAUAUCCUAUAAAGAUUACAAUUUACAUUUUGUCUCUAAAUACCGCACAAAAUUGCUCUCUGCAUAGUAAAAUCACAUCCUGUCAAAAGUUAGUAAACGACUUUCUAUCCUUUAACUGUUUAGGAAAGUAUUUACUAUUUAUUACAUUACUUUUGCUGUUUGCGGAAACGCUGCAUAAUUAUUAAAUAGCUACAGCCUUGUUAACGCCGGCUGUCCCAUAUACAGCUUUGUUAUGUCUUCAAUUGCUAGUUUAAUCAAAACAAAGCUACAACUACCUGAUUCAUCAAAGGAUUUAGCUAAGCUAAGAUGGAGAUUUCGACUUCCAGAAACGCAGUUUUCCAUAAACAGUUUACCAUGCGAACUUCAAUUCAUCCAUUAUAACAAUGCAGAGGAAACAAGCUCUUUAUUAGGAGUUCUUUAUUUAUUUACUGAUUAUAUCGCUUUCCGUGGUGAUGAAGAAGGUACUCAAUUUUGUAUUCCGUAUACAAUUAUUCGAAAGGUUAGCAAAGUAAAGAGUGACGAUUUUGAACAGCUGCUUUCAGUUUCCACGAGUAAUGGUUAUGAAUUUCGAGUUUCUCUUCAGGUUUCUGAAAGUACUGCUUCUCGAUUUUGCGGACUCCUGAAGGAGGAACUAAUUUCACAUAAGGCAAACAUGCAUAAAGCGUCUGAAUUUACCAAGCAAUUUUUUUCAGAACAUUUGAUAAAUCCUAAUGUUGCAGAAACAAAUGAUUCUUAUGGUUUUGGUUGCAAAUAUGGGUAUCCCACGGAUCCGCGAGCUUCUCGUGAAAGGGCCAAACUUCGAAUGUGGAAAGAAUACUUUUUAUUAUAUGGAACAAGCCUUUCUUUGAUACGUGUUUCUCUAUUCUCUAAGCUUGUUCGUAUAGAGUUGCCGAAUAAGUUAAGGGGUGAAAUAUGGGAGUUAACUUCUGGUUCUUUAUAUUUAAGACUUCAAAAUGCAAACGAAUACGAACAAAUUUUACGAACAUACUCAGGCCAAACUUCUUUUUCAUUAGAAGAGAUUGAAAAAGACUUGGGCAGAAGUUUACCAGAGUAUCCUGCUUACCAAAAUGAUGAAGGGAUUGAUGCUUUACGAAACGUGUUGGUUGCAUUUUCUUGGAAAAAUCAGGAUGUGGGUUACUGCCAAGCAAUGAACAUUGUGGCUGCUGCACUGUUAAUUCAUUGUAAUGAAGCUCAAACGUUUUAUUUAAUGCACAAAAUUUGCGAAGAUUAUAUACCCGGAUAUUAUUCCAAAACUAUGUAUGGAACAUUAAUUGAUCAGCAAGUAUAUGAAACUCUGGUACAGCGACUUAUGCCAAACCUUCAUGCCCAUUUUGUAAACAAGGAUAUCCAACUUAGUAUUAUAUCCUUACCGUGGUUUCUCUCUCUUUUUUUUUGUACAAUGCCAUUGCCUUAUGCAUUUCGACUGAUGGACUUUUUCUUUUUAGAAGGACCAAGAGUGCUUUUUCAGAUUGGGAUGGCAGUAUUAUAUGAUAAUGAGUCUGAGAUUUUAAAAGCUACUGAAGAAACCAUGCUUAUUUCGCUUUUAAAAAACUAUUUUUCGUCAUUAAGUGAUCGAGUUUAUAAAGAUGCAACUGAUAAAAGAGUCGCAUCGAUCACUAAAUUUCAACUGCUGCUUGUAACGGCCUUUAAGAAGUUUGGAAAUAUUACACAUUCCAUGAUAGAGUCAGAACGGAAACGACAUUUUCAUAAAGUAAUCAAUUCAAUUGAGUCAUUUGCCAAACGAACACAAAUACGAAGUCUCCAAAAUUACGGCUCGCUGACUCGUGACGAUUUGAGUAAUAUAUAUGACCGAUACCAUGAAAUUCUUUCUGCCAAGCAUCAAUUUGAGAUAGGCACUUCGGCUGAUACAAAGUUAGAGUUUGAUGAAUUUUGUAUUUUCAUGGCAGGUGUGACAGAUUGGUCCAAAAACCUCGACGCGGUAGCAAUUAAUGGAUCUUCUUCUUUCUUGAGACAUUUGUUUCUACGCUUUGAUAAAAGUAGGACUGGCUCUCUAUCUCUACAAGACUUGGUUUCUGGGAUUGCAGAACUAAAAGUUCGAGACGUUAUGCGAAAUAUAUCAUUUAUUUUUGAACUAUACGAUUCUGACAUUGAUGGGUAUAUGGAUAAAUCUGAUGUACUGAAGGUUUCUGAGGCUAUUUUAUGGAUUACCAGAUACAUGGGCGACGAGUGCUUAUCAGCAGUCAGUGAGUUUAUUCAAAGGUGUUUUCAUUUUGCUGAUGAAGCUAGUCCUGAUCAUCAGGAAGAGGAGAAGCUGGUCGACAUGGACGAAAGUUUAACCAGUGGUGGUUCCGAAAGAAACGUAGACGCAAAUAGCGAUAUCCGGGUGAGUCUCCCGACCUUUCGCAUGGUUAUUCUUUCAAACGUGUUAUUAGAGCAACUUUUUUCUGGUGGAUUGGCAGAUUCUGUUAUAUUAGUUCCUGUUGAAGAAAAAACAAGCACUGUCGGCGGUCUGCGCGGGUUAUUGGACUCGCUCGUUCUUGAUACCAACAGAUUGAGCGAAACCAUUCGUGGUCACAAACACACGGCGACCAUUCCUUCUUCUGACAAUGUCACGAGCACAGGAAAUAAAUCAUAUUUGACAAGCGAUGAUACUUCAAAUUUGGAAAAAGUAAAAAGCCAUACAUCGGAUAUUGAUGAGGAAGUCGGAGAACCUGUUGAAGAUGAUAAAGAUUUACUACAGUUUGACCCUUACAAGAAAACAGACGCUUAACCCGAUUUUAACUUUUGGUUAUUUUUAUAAGCUCCUCUAAUGAAAAAUAGAGCCCCUGGCAUGUAUAUGUAUCCCUUUUAUUUUGAUCAAGAUCUCUUCAUGCUAAUACUUGCUUUUAAUAGUUGUUUAAUAAAUGAUCUUACUUGGCU